UUUGAUCUUAAACUGCUCAUAAGGUUUUCGCGAAAUUCCUUUCCCUCGAUCAAGUCACAGCAUUUUCAAAUCGGCCAUUUUGAAAACAAUGCCAAAGAGGUCCGGCACGAGAUUUUGAUCUAGUGUGUACCCCAGUCCUUUCACGGAUAGAUUCAAGAUGGCGGCGGUAGCAAAUUUACUGGCAAAUACGCGAAAAGCAAGGAAGCAAAUUUCUCAGCCGGUUGGUCCUCAGAGAUCUGAAAAAUUUCCCGAAAAGAUAUACAACAUUUGGUAUAAUAAGAAAGUAGGAGAAAGAGGUCAUUUUCGAGAGAGAAUUCCAGCUUCCACUCGAUGCAGUAUCACAGAAGACAGUGGAACCACAAAAGGAAGUUUAAGACAAUGGGAUGGUACAUAUAUUUGCGUAAAGUUUUCGAGAGGGUGUUGUCCGUUAGGACAUGAGUGUUCCUGGAUCCACAAUCUACCGUCAGAUGAGUUUGAAUCAACUUUAGACACCACAAGAGACUGCUUCGGUAGGGAAAGACACGAACACGUAAGAGAUGAUCAGAGUGGUGUUGGUUCAUUUUCUGCGGACGAACAAACCGCAAAGACCCUUUAUGUCGGUGGAAUAUCGGUAACGUCCAACCUUCAAUCGAUUGUUUAUAGGCAUUUCAAAGAGUGGGGGGAGAUCGAUAACGUUAGGGUGUUACAAUCAAAAGGUGUCGCGUUUGUUCGCUACAAAAACCGCUCUAACGCCGAAUUUGCCAAAGAGGCUAUGCAAAGUCAAGCUCUUGAUAACAACGAGAUUCUGAAUAUACGUUGGGCUACAGAAGACCCAAACCCGUGGGUUAAGAAGCGUAAAAUUGAGAACAGCAAAGACAGACUUGCUUCUGCGAUACUGGAAGACUACGAUGGACCACUUAGACUUCCACAGCAUGAUAAUGUUAAGGAUAACUCUUUCCCACAGAAACGUCGUAACAUAGAUCGUGCCCUUAAGGAGAGUGGAGAAGCAGUUGGUUACUAUCCGGAUACAGAUUAUCAGUACUACGAGCCAAACACAGGUACAGAUAUGAAAUAUGACAUACAGCCAGCUCAGUUGACUGAAACCAGUCAAGGGACAGGAUACAAUACAAUGAGAAAGUCACCACCAAAGACACUUUCAGAUCUUAUUCAGUGGUCCAAACAGCAGGCAUCACUUAACAGAGCAAAUGAAAUGUCGCAUUCAAAACAUCCAGGGCAUGGGACAAUUAAGGAAAGGAAGAAUGAAUCCGGAAGCAUCUCGCUUAUUUCUGCGUAUGAUUCUUCUUCAGAUGAUGAAAUUGAAGGCAACAGUUGACAUAAUUGAAAAAUAGUUACAGUUAUGCCCUUUACAAUAAAAAAAAAAAAAGGUUCCUUGUCAUGGUCAACUUUGAAACCAAAGUUAUUGUCCAGUGACCUUGAGUUUUGAACAUGCUACUUAUCAGUAAGAGACAUGUUAUGUUUUAAUGAAAAAAUUAGACAUGGCUCACGCUCA